AUGCAUCAUACCGCCCCCGAAAAGUCCUCCCCUUCCACCAACGGCCACGCGAACGGUGAUUCUAAGUACGACAUGACCUCUCCUUCCACCAUUCGUCAGAAGUUUCUGUCUGCUCCGUCCGACCUGGGACUCGUCCUGGUCGGUUUCUCUGGUGGUCAAUGUAAAGAAGGAGUCGAUGCCGCUCCCACAGCUCUGGUAAGCGCAGGCCUACUGGAUCAAAUCAGUGAUGAGUUGGGUUACAAGCUCCAUGGAGACCGCGAGGUUCACAACUUCAACGAGAUGAGAUCUGCGUCCGACGAACCACAUAGGGGCAUGAAGAACCCGCGGUCAGUCUCCGCCGUCACCGAGAUAUUGGCAUCACAAAUUUAUGAGCAGGCCAGACAAGGGAGAAUGGUGCUCACUUUGGGCGGAGAUCAUAGCAUUGCCAUCGGAACCAUUGCCGGGACCGCCAAAGCCAUCCGUGAGAGAUACAGUGGGCGAGAAAUGGCUGUUAUCUGGGUUGAUGCCCAUGCUGACAUCAAUACCCCGGAAACGUCCGAGUCGGGCAACAUUCAUGGCAUGCCUGCCGCUUUUGCCACGGGACUAGCCACUUCCGACCAAAAGGACAUCUUCGGCUGGCUGCAAGAUGACCAGAAAAUCAGCACGCGAAAACUUGUCUAUAUUGGUUUACGAGACGUCGACAAGGGUGAGAAGAAGAUUCUCCGAGACCACGGCAUUCGAGCUUUCAGCAUGCAUGACAUCGACCGACAUGGGAUUGGACGUGUUGUGGAAAUGGCUCUCGCUCAUAUCGGAACAGAUACACCCAUCCAUCUCAGCUUCGAUGUCGAUGCCCUAGAUCCCAUGUGGGCACCUAGCACCGGGACACCCGUUAGAGGGGGCUUGACUCUGAGAGAAGGUGACUAUAUAGCCGAAUGUGUUCAUGAGACUGGUCAAUUGGUCGCCAUGGAUUUGGUCGAAGUCAACCCGAAUCUUGAAGUUGCGGGAGCUUCUGAAACCGUCAGGGCCGGCGUUUCUCUGGUUCGUUGCGCCUUGGGAGAUACCUUGCUGUAA